CGUGAGGAAAUCUCGAUCAAACAAGGCAAAUUAGUGUGGAAAAAUAAUCUAAAACACAUCAUCAGUGAGUUAAAGCGGAAGUUCGGUGCAACUUGUGAAAGACACAAAAUUGCUCCUUAUGCUAAGGAAGAGUCACUACGUGGUAACUUUAAAGAAGGAGCAAACUUAAUGGAAAUACCUUCUAACUUGACAAAUGAUAGACUUGAUUGUGAGAAAAAGGAUAUAUUUGCAGUGCCUGUCCCUCUAGUAGUUCAGGCAUUUCCUGAACAAAAAAAGUCUCGUCUCAAAUAUGCUUGCCAGGCAUCUUCUGAUUUUUCUUUAAGUGAAAAUAAAUCAGACUGUGAAAAUGAUAACAAACCAGACACUGAGCAUGCUUUUAACAAAAAUAAGAGUUUUAAAAGUGAUACAGAAACUAAAAAAGUAAGGAACCCACUCGCUACGUUUGAAGUGAAAGAAGACCAAGAGUUUGACGUGCAAAUGGCAAAAAGUAUGAACCAAAAUAGCACUAAUUCUAAAUUAGACAUUGGACGUAUACCUCAGUCUAGUGAUUCAGAAAGCCAUUUUGACAAAAGGUUUUCCCGCUCCAAUGAGUACUAA